AAGCGGGCAAAAGGCGGAUCUGCAGGCACGAUUACGUGAAGCAAUGGAAGCGGAUGGAAUUAAUGUGGACGAGUUCGAAUUUGAUGGGCCAGAAACUUCUACAAAGGUAGAAGAAAAAGUAGAAGAACAACGAACAUCAUCAAGUGUGGACAUGAACUUGCUGUUAGUGGCUAUUAAGCAAAUAGAAAAUCGUCUGGCACAGCAAAUAGCUGAAAAUACAGAAAAUGCAGUGCAAACAGAAAAUCGUCUGGCACAGCAAAUAGCUGAAAAUACAUCGCAGUUAAAGUCUUGCCUUACACAACAAAUGACUGAAAAUAAUACGCAGUUAGAAAAGCGUUUGGUACAACAGUUUACAGAAAAUAAUACACAAGUGCAAGAGAAAUUUUCAAAAUUUGAAGAGGAAUUAAGAACGUUAGAAAAUGAAAAAGAAAAUGUAAGAUCAGAAUUUCUUCAACUGAGUAAUCGUAUGCGAGAACUGCAACUGCAUGGCCCUGCACCAUCAACAAGUAAUCAAAGAUUGAAGGCACCCACAUUCGAUGGAAGUAUUCCAUUUCAAAUUUUCAAACUUCAGUUUGAAAAGACAGCAAUGGCCAAUAACUGGAAUGCAGCGGACAAAGUGGCGUCCUUUUUGUAUCAUUGAAAGGGCCUGCGGCAGAAAUCCUUCAGACUAUUCCAGACUGUGAACGGGACAACUAUGAGGCAUUGAUGACUGCGAUAGAAAGACGAUAUGGUACUGAGCACCGGAAACAAAUAUACCAGAUCGAACUGCAAAAUAGGGGUCAGAAGAUGAACGAGUCAUUGCAAGAGUUCGCAACUGAAAUAGAACGACUGGCUCAUUUAGCAAUUGCAGAUGCACCUGUGGAUUACAUUGAGAGGGUAAAAAUUCAAAGUUUCAUAAAUGGAAUUCGUGAUGUGGACACUAAACGUGCCACAUAUGCAUUGCCAAAAAGAACGUUUGCUGAAACGGUUUCGCACGCCCUCACACAGGAAACAGCUUCCCUACUAAGUAAACCAGCACACAAAGUACAAAGGGUUGAAAUGGAACAACCGGCGCUGAUGGAAGAAAUAUUGAAGACUCUGAAGAUAAUUGCUGCACAGCGAGUAAAUACAGCAGGCAGAUGUUUCAACUGUGGAAAAGCGGGUCACUUUGCCCGAAAUUGCAAUAUAAAGGUAAACCCAUCAAAACGUAAACAACCAACAGAACAUCGAAAGGGGAUUCACCACAAAAAUGUGGAUGCAUUAUCACGUCGCCCUUGUCCACUGGAAUGUAAACAUUGCUCCAAAUCAGAAGGAAAAGAAGGUAUAAUCGACGUGCGAUUACUGAAUAUAGAACCUCAAGAUGAUUGGACUUCUCACCGCAUCAGAAUCAAUCAGCUGGAGGACCCUGAUCUUGCAAAGCUGAUAAUAGCCAAAGAAAAUGGGGUACGACCACCAAAAGAACAAAUAAGUAACGAGAGUCCAACUGCAAAAGCAUAUUGGGCCCAAUGGAACAGCAUGAACCUCGUUAAUGGAUACCUUCAUCGUACCUGGGAAAGCGAAGAUGGCAAACAGUCUCGUCUGCUGAUCAUAGUACCGAAGUCCAUGAUCCCGAAAGUAUUGAAAGAAUAUCACAAUGGACCUAGUGGAGGGCACCUUGGAAUUACAAAAACUAUAGAGAAGAUUAAACAACGGUUCUACUGGAUCGGUUGUCGAGAUUCCAUAGCAGAAUGGAUAAGUAAUUGCGUAGAGUGCAUGGCAGCUAAAGGUCCUAAAGCCAAAAGUCGCGGUAGGCUACAACAGUACAACGUGGGAUCACCAUUUGAACGAGUCGCAAUGGAUGUUGCAGGUCCGUUCCCAACCAGUAAGGCCGGAAACAAAUAUCUACUGGUUGUCAUGGACUAUUUCAGUAAAUGGCCAGAGGUAUAUGCCUUACCAAACCAAGAAGCGAAGACAAUAGCCGAAGCGUUUGUAGAAAAUUGGAUAACAAGGUUCGGAGUGUCCGUCGAAUUACUCUCAGAUCAAGGCAGAAAUUUCGAAUUUUCCAUUUUCCAAGAAGUCUGUACAUUAUUGGGCAUCCACAAGACACGGACAACAGCCUUACACCCACAAUCAGAUGGGAUGGUAGAGAGAUUCAACCGAACGCUCGAAGAACAUCUGCGGAAAAUCGUUGAUAAAGACCAACGGAAUUGGGACAAGUGCAUCCAGAUGUUCCUGCUGGCGUAUCGUUCAGCGAAGCACGAGACAACUGGUUACACGCCAGCAAAGAUUAUUUUCGGAUCUGAUCUGCGACUCCCUGCUGAUCUUAAGUUUGGAACGAAUCCUACAGCUGUAAGAAAUGAUGGAGAUUAUUGUUCUGCCUUAAAGAAGAAAUGAAUGAAUUGCAUCUAAUGGUAAGACAGCAUACGCAUCUGAUGAGCAAUAAGAUGAAGGACCGGUUCGAUCAAGCGGCAAAUUCAAAAGGUUUUGAAGAAGGUGAUCUCGUCCUGUUGUACAAUCCACUUCGAAAGAAAGGCUUGUCCCCGAAACUGCAGACAGCCUGGGAAGGACCCUAUGUGGUGAUGAAACGACUUAAUGACGUGGUAUACCGCAUACAAAGAAAUGGAAAAGCACGAUGUAAAAUGAAAGUAGUACAUUUGGAGAGGCUCGCCCCAUUUGGUUCAAGAGGAUUUGUGCCUAAUCGGGACGAUUAUGCUUUAGUGGAGGGCAGUGUUACAAAAGUAGUAUUAAGUUGUAUUUGUAUUGCUAUAUGUAUCCCUUAUUAUGAACAAUAGCUGUAGGUAUAUGGAAUAGCAUUUGUCUUGUUGUAGACAUUUGGCGCCGCGGCUGUCUGCUUGUCGAAACAAUAGACAUCUGGCGCCGCAGCUGUCUACUUAAACAAUUGCUGAGUCUGGCGCCGCCGCUGUCUGCUUGCGUCUGGCGCCGUAUAGCAUUAUGUUCUGGUAAUUUCCAGACGCAAUAUUCUAGAAGGACACGUCGGCAUCAGCGAGAAGUGCGUGGCUAUAUAAGCCGUGGCAGUGCCAACGUAAUCAAUCAGUGCUAAGAGUAAACUGUUAUAGUGUAGACAAGUUGUAAAAUAAAGAGUUGUUGAUUUAAAUUAAACAGUUUUGGUUUUAUUUGUCAAUCCGGAGAUACGAACCUAGUAAAGUAAAACUAGCAAGGAGUAAAUUCGUAACAAUACUUUUUAAAUUCCACAUUACUUUGGAUCGUAUUUUUAGCUAACAUCCCAUGUGCUUAAAGAAAUAGAAAAGAAGUUGUGCCCACAGUUUAUACGGUUUACACCAGAGUAUUCACUUACGUGUAAAGAGUGGUUUUUGCAGCAAUAUAAAAUUCCUGCAGGUAAAUAUACACUUUACUAAAAUAGUAAUAUUACUAAAUAAAGAAUUUUUAGUUAUUGCGUGCGUCCACAUCGGCUUGCAAAAACCCAAAGUGAACGAGCACAUGUACUUCAAUAGAAAAGGCUACCAUAGUAUCAACGCUAUGAUAGUAAGUUGCUCUUAUAAUCAGCCCUAUCACGCAAUCCAUCGUAGAGUGUUUUUUCGGGAAAGUUACGAAACUGCUAUCAAGCAAUUCGAACAGCUCCGAAAGUAAGUUCGAAAUUCGUAAAGUUGCAUUCACUGAAUUCACUCGGAACGGAAAAUUUUGAGGUUCAGCGGAAUUUUUGUACGACAGGUUUGUGCUAACGGAGAAAUAAAUUUCCAUAUGUGCGAGUCAUGAUUGCUGCCAGGAAACUGAGCAUUCACAUAACGUAUUUUCGUUUUAUUGUCACAUAUCUGCAAAACAUUGAUUAAGAUGUUUGAAAUGCAAAUUUGUCACCAAACUUACAAUCAUGGCAUUGAUACUAAAGUAUCCUUUGCGGUUAUAAUAGAGAAACUUAUCUUUAGUUGGAGCAACGAUUUUAAUAUGUGUCCCGUCUACACACAAAAUCGCGCCUGGAAAUCCGUAUUUCUGAAAAAAAAACUUUUUCGCUUCACUUUUUUCAACGUUACUUAACUCGAGGUUUAUCCACUGAGGGCACAAAUGGGACUGAAGCAAUCCCAAUACUUCUUUUAAGAUGCAACAAAAUGUUAACUGAGCCAUUGGAAUAUCGAGUUCUUUACCCACUCCAUGCUGAUAGCCUUCUCCAGCUAAAAACCGUAAAACCGAAGACAAUCGAUGAAGUAAAGAUAUAGAUGACGAUCUUGAAGAACUUGCAUUCCUCUCUAGAACAUCGAGGACAUACGUAAAGGCCGCCUUAUUUAAGCGAUAGUUUUUAAUAAACCUGUUUUAGAAAAAUAAUUUUAAUAAAAUGAAUUUUUGUGGAUUUUUGAACUGUACAUUGUUUCGUCCACAUCGAAAGGGUUGCACUUGUCCCUCAGUGAUUUUCGGUGAAUUUUUAUAUCACGCCGACUUCUCUCACGUUCUUCCUCAAGCAACAUAAAUGAAAACGUUAGCGAAUACAUAUUUUUUCCCCAUUCAGCUAAUACCAAAAAUGGGCAAAUGGGGUUGGUGAUGCAAAUAUAUAGCCUAUCCCUCCCAAACGUCAACCUCACCUUCGCGCGGUACCCCCUGUUCACUACAAACGAGGCUCUGUCGACCGAGAAAAGGCGGUAUAACCUUAGCAUCUGCGAGGAGGAAAUUCCUACGCCAUUGCCUGCCUAGAGGCGAAACCGGCAGCCCCGGAACUAGGCUCGGAUGCAGAAGGCUAAUCACCUACUCAUCUUAAACCCUCUGAUUACUGAAACCGAAAUAAACAAAGUGAAGAUUAAGAACGAUAAAUUGAUGACGACCUUCAGCAUGAAAAAUGGAUUACGAAUAGGAACCUGGAAUGUACGUUCAUUGCUAGAACCAACUAAAAAGAGGCCCUAUGUUCCACCUAGGAACUACGGGAAAAUAUAUACAUAUAUAAUGAUUGAAGUAUUUUUUGUUUAAUCUGUUUUAAUUAAAUUGGGGACUUUGAGCCUAAAGAUGUUUUUUUGAAAUACAAAAAAAAACUGUAAAAUUGGUGGAUUGUGUAAUCUUAUAACACAAUUUUUGUAAAAAAUAUAACUG